AUGAAGGUUGACGCAGUGAAAAUUACGAGAGUGAAUCUAGAUGAUUCCUAUCUGAUAUUGAAAGAUCGUCUGGAUUCCGCCGACUUCGUAGCAAUUCAAGUGGACUUUUCGGAAAACUUUGAGCUACCGAAUUAUUUUCAUCUAGACGUCGAUUGUAGACUGAAACAUUUGAAACCCGUAGUAGAAUCUACGUCAGUUUCCAGAAUCGAGAUCGGAGUGUUCGACGAAGCUAAGUCAUUAUUGACAACGUUCACCAUUUUCCCGCUACUCGAAUGCUACGGCGGAAUUGAUCCAGUGAUCAGUUGGUCUUCUUCAAAGCUUUCAACUGAUCAUUUCAUCGAAGAAACGAUUCCCUGCGCGAGAACGGAAGAUUUGGCCUCAUUUUUGCAUUCAUUCAAGAAUUCUUCGGAUCAACUCGGGAAUCUCUUCAAGUAUGAUUCUUGCAUUCGGUCGGACUUCCUCGAAGUUUGUUCAGCUGUGAACCAGUGGCUCUUGACUGAUGAUAUCGACCCCGAAACCCCGGAAUUCGCUGAUUUUACCGCAAAAAAUUCGUUUUACUUUUCGACUGAAGUGAUUGCUUCUGCUCUUCAAGUCGUGUUUCGUGAGGAUUGUGAUGUUAGUGUUGUGAGGGAACAAUCGAUCAGUUUCAGAAGGAGAGAUGUGCAGAAGUGGUUGAACAUCCUCAAGGCGAGUAGAGGACAAACUGAUGGAUUACUUCGCAAACCACGAAGUAAAAGUUUUCCAGAAUUUAAGGGACUGUGCGAAGUGAUGGAAUCAAGUUUUUCUGGUUUGCGGAGGAUUUUCGACUUGAUCUCAUCUGUGGAAAAAUUGAAAAUCUUUGCGUUUGAUGCCGAGAUGACGUUAAAGUCGUUGCAUGAAAUUGCUCGGCCGUUGUGUGAACAUGAACGUCUGAAAGGAUGCUGCAAGGGAAAUGCAUCAUGUGGAAACAUUAAGAAUUGGUUGAAGAAUGUUGUCGACCUAGAAAUUGCCCAGUUACAGCUUUACUUCAGCCGUGGAACCGAAGUAUCCAGUGCGCUGCAGAGAUCAAAAGAUUGUGUGGGAAUCGCUGAAAUAAUCUGUGGUUUGAAGGUCGAGUGUGGUUUUGACUGGAGAGAACCACGUUCUAUUGGAAAAGCCUUUUGGUGA